UGUGGCCCCACUCGGUGGCUCCACUCCAAGAAACCGCCGUGAGUGACGGCGAGCUGAGCUGAGUUUCCGCGUAGAUCCCAUGGGCUAUGCGGAAGAGCUGCGUCGCCAGCUGCGGAACGUGGAGGAGGUGCUGCUGAGCGCUCAUGAGGCGGAACUCCGGCGCAAGGGCUCCGGGAGCGCAGCGUGCAGCGUGUGCGCGAGCCGCCGGCUGGAAGACUCCGACCUCAAUGAGCUCAAUGAGCUCAAUGAGCCGGUGAUGGGGGAGCGGGAGGGCCCUGGUGACAGGUGGGGAGACCUGGUGGAGAAGCUGAUGAACAGCGGGACUGCCUUUGAGGACGAGGAGAUGCUGGUGCCGAUUCCCCAGCGCGAGACCUUGCGCAUGCGCCUCAACUGGACCCACUCAGUGUUGGGCCAGGACGUUCAGCGGUGCACCAGCCUGGACGGGAUGAUGCGCGAUGCCAAGGGGCGGAUGCGGGAUGCCUUCACGGACCAGGGCUGCCUGCAGAGGUUCGUGGUGGAGCCGGACAGCAACGUGCAGCUGAUCUGGUCCCUGAUCGCGGUGGUCUUCAUCGUCUGGGACUUGAUCACGGUGCCGCUGAGCAUCUUCGACGACCAGGGCCUGAGCAUCUUCUUGAACGAUGUGGCCAAGGUGAGCUUCAGCUACUGGGUGCUGGACAUGCCGCUGCACCUCAUCUUCGGCGUGCAGGUGAGCGGCGUGCUGGAGCUGAGGCCGAGAGUGUUGGUGUGGCUCUACGUGAAGAGCUGGUUCCUGGCGGAUGUGAUCAUCAUUUUGCUGGACGUGGGCAUCUUCAUCCUGGAGUCCGAGGAGAACUCCAUCAGCGGCUUCCGCUCCGCGCGGUUCCUGCGGACCAUGCGGCUGCUGCGGCUGCUGCGGUUGCUGCGGGUGGGGAAGCUGGAAAGAGAGCUCACGCUGCUGGCCAAGCGCUUCCUGUCCACCCACGUGGUCAUGGUGCUCCGAAUUUGCGCGGCGCUCUUUGUGAUGCUCUCCAUCAACCACAUCAUCGCCUGCUGCUGGUACGCGGUGGGAGCGGGGGGCAAAGAGACCGGGGCGGCCAACUGGCUGUCGCGCAUGGAGCUGGAAACCAGCAGCUUCAGCGAGAGCUACGUGGCCUCCCUGCACUGGUCGCUGACGCAGUUUACCCCGGCCACCAACAACGUGGCGCCGGCCAAUGCAGAGGAGCGGCUCUUCGCGAUCUUCGUGAUCCUGCUGGCCAUGGGCGCCUUCUCCUCCUUCAUCGGCUCCAUCACCGCCACAGUGACCUCCCUGCGGUCCAUCCAGGCUGAGAAGGUGAAGCAGCACAACCAGCUGCUGCAGUUCUUCGUGGAGAGGAACAUGUCCACGGAUCUCUACAACAACGUCACCGAGACGAUCUCGCGGGGGCGUUUCGAGGUGCGGCUCACGGAGCAGGAGGUGGACCUGGUGCAGCGCCUGCCCGAGCGCUUCAAGAUGCAGCUGCACGAGGAGCUGUACUUGCCCUCCCUGCUGCACCUGGGCUUUUGGCCGCCCAGGGCCCGGUCCCAGGAGGCCCAGCUCCUGCGCCGCAUCUGCCACGACGCCAUGAGCGAGCGUGUGGUGAAGCCUGGAGAGGACAUGUUCAUCCCUGGCACCGACUGCAACAGCGCGUACAUCAUGGAGUCCGGCUCCCUGUGCUACUCGGUGACCCAUCACCAGCCCGCCGCCUCGGUGUCCACAGGAGGUGUGUCAAUGAAGAGUUCAUCCAUGAAGGAGGAGGUGCUGCAGCAGAGUCUCAUUGAGGGCGACGCCCUCUGUCUCCCGGCGCUCUGGGCGGAGUGGCACCACCGUGGGCGCCUGGUGGCGGUGCAGGGCGCCAGCUACUUGGUGCUCUUGGACUGCCCAGCCUUCGCCCUGCUCGCCGCCAAGUUCGCCAAGCAGCUGCUCCGCUAUCUCCACAUCUUCGGCAUCCUGGUGGUGGGCGAGGUGGAGGCGCUGCAGGAGGCCGAGGGCGCCCUGAGCGACCUCUGCAUCAGCAGAGACCUCGUGGAGUCCUUGGCCCAGCGCGCGCGGAAGUUCUCCGAUUUGUCGGAGAAGCAUGGCGAGAGCGCCUCCAGCGGCAUCGUGCUGCGCUCGGUGGCCUCCUUCCACCGCUCGGGCAAGAUACUUCAGGGGUCCAAGACGCUGCGCCUGAGCACCAGCGAUGUUUCCUUCGAUUCCACGCACGCGGGCCGGUAGGCCAGUUGGUUUAAUGAUGGGCGGAGCCUGUGCAGGACGGAGAGGGGAUGAGGGGAUGACGGGGGUG